CUCGACUACAGCCAGUUCAGCGCUGCUGACCCUCCCUCCUCCUCAUCAGAUGCCGAGCAUAUCCAGGUCUUCUACAGGCUGCUCACCAUCUCGAUGGAGACCACGCGAUGCUGGGCCGACCGGCUACCCGGGUUCUCCGAGCUUCAGCGUGAAGAUCAGAACCUGCUCAUAGACUCUGCCUUCCUGGAGCUGUUUGUCCUGCGAUUGGCUAGCAGGUCGAUGCUGUCAGAGGAUAAACUAGUCUUCUGUAACGGCUUGGUGCUGCACAGGUUUCAGUGCCUUCGUGGGUUCGGAGAGUGGCUGGACUCCAUCCGGGACUUCUCCACCCACCUCCAGAGCCUAAACCUGGAUGCCUCUGCCUUAGCCUGCCUGGCCGCCCUCGUUCUGCUCACAGAACAAGUCCCAGGUCUGAAGGACUCAAAGCGAGUUGAUGAGCUGCAGAAUAAAGUAAUUUGUUGUCUCAGAGACCACCUGGGUUGUGGCCCUUCUUCCUCCUCGUCCAAGGCUGCGCCCCCUCUGAGUCGUAUUCUGGGUGUAAGGGCAGAGCUCCGUUCCCAGAGGACCCAGGGCCUUCAGCGAAUCUUUUACCUGAAGCUGGAGGACCUGGUACCGCCCCCUCCGUUGAUUGACAGGUUCCUGGACACUCUGCCUUACUGAUGGCCCGGGCUGACCACAAAGAGAAAAACUCACGUCUUGUCCCGUUCAGGCCUUUUCCUCCCCAGGAGCACGUACACACAUACAGAAGAGAGACUCACUCCCCUCUGACUGAUGCAGAGCAGAGGGAGCCAAUCAGAUGCUUUUCACUCAACAGGACAACCAAUAAAGAGAAGCCUUUCACGGACAACAAACUAAAUGCUUUUCACCAGUAUACAAGACAAUUACUCAAACUCUUCACCACUUUUUAUUUGAUCCUCCUGUUUUUCUCAUGUGGGGGAGUAUGACGAGGCAGAGAUGGACGACAGAAAAAUGACUUUUUACUGUCCUCUCUCCAUCUGGGUGGCAGCUCAUCCAGCAAAAAAGAAAGAACACCAAUGUUUAUGAGUACUGUUUAUCUGUGUUUUGGCCUGGCUCAUCCAGUCUGAGGACUUCUUUUUAGUAAAGAGGGAAGGGUAGAUGUCAGUGUGAUCGAAUGUUUUCAAAGUUGAAGGUGUCCCAGUGAAACACAAGUCGUCGUGUAUUCUAGUUCCUCCUGCUGAAAUGUACUGAAAUGUCAGAGGUCAUACAGCGUAUGCAUAGACGUGGGGAAACAUUACAAAGGACACAGUUAGUACAUAAACUUGUGGAAGUGGCUGUUGAGUUGGGCUCUUGAUUCCAAGUGCAAUUUCUUAAGUGCUAUCACACCACAAAAGGAAGAGACGGAGAAUGGCUUAAUUUUAAACUCUAAAUUAUUUUAAUACAAAGACUUGUCCUGUGCUGUCAGUAGCUAAAAGAAAGAGAGACAAUCUCCGUCUGGCUUUAGACAGCAAAGGAUCUGUGCACUAACGAUUGAUGACUGAGUCACCCAGACUUGAACUUGCUCUAGGAUGUUUUUUUUUUUUUAUUAACUCAUUUUGAAAUCAUAGGUCGAGUAGGAGUAUGAAGGAAUGAACAUGGACAGAAAUUGGCUUUUGAAGCACUUAUACCCUGAGAAGGGCUAGAAGCACAGACACACACCCUACAUGCUCCCCUGGUGGAUGGUGGGGGGAGAGGAGGGUGCUCGACAGAUAGCUGUACGUCCAGGGAUGAAACAUUCCGCAGUCAUGCUCUUUUUCUAUUUGUUUCUAUUGUGGAGGCCGUGUGAGCGCGUGGAGGACAUGGUUGCAUACUGUCUUUGUGUGUACGCAUAGAGAAGCCACGAUCAUAUGCAUGGUGUGUUAUAAGCUGUCAAGAGCUGCCAUAGCCUGUCAAAACUGCUCGACCUGUGUUUGUGUCUCAGACUGCGGCUCUGUGGGGAUCUCCCUGGGCCUCCACCACCCACUCACACACUCACGGCAGCAGUUUGAAAUAUGAAAAAAGCAAAUUAUAUAGAUAUAAAUAUAAAUAUAUAUAUACAAAACUAAUAUUUUGAAGUGUUUUUAGCUUUUUCAAAUAUUGUGGUACGAGUUGUGCAUUGUUUUUUGAAGAAGAGAAACAAAAAAGAAAAAAAGUUGCUGUUUUUUUCAAUGUCCCUCUUUGGUUUGAUUUUCCUGUUCGAUUUCUUUUCUUUCUCUUUGGUUCACUGGAUUUUCUGUUCAGCACUUUGAAAUCAUAAAGUAGUUCUGAUUAUUCUGCC